ACCGUUGCUCUACAGCUCAGAACAGCAACUGCUGAGACCACCGUGAGAAGAGCAUGACCCUAAACAGAGCUCUGAUUCUGGGGGUCCUCACCCUGAUCACAGUGACGACCCCCUGUGGAGGUGAAGAUAUUGAGGCUGACCACGUUGCCUCCUAUGGUGUAAACGUCUACCAGUCUCACGGUCCCUCUGGCCAGUACACCCAUGAAUUUGAUGGAGAUGAGGAGUUCUAUGUGGACCUGGAGAAGAAGGAGACUGUCUGGCAUCUGCCUGAGUUCAGCAAAUUUUCAAGUUUUGACCCACAGGGUGCACUGAGAAAUAUAGCUGUGACGAAAUACAACUUGGACAUCAUGAUUAAACGCUCCAACUCAACUGCUGCUACCAAUAAGGUUCCUGAGGUGACUGUGUUCCCCAAGUCUCCUGUGAUGCUCGGUCAGCCCAACACCCUCAUCUGUCUUGUGGACAACAUCUUCCCUCCUGUGGUCAAUAUCACCUGGUUGAAGAACAGGCACUCUGUCACUGAAGGUGUUUCUGAGACCAGCUUCCUUUCCAAGAAUGAUCAUUCCUUCUUAAAGAUCGGUUAUCUCACUUUCCUCCCCUCUGUUGAUGACAUUUAUGAUUGCAAGGUGGAACACUGGGGCCUGGAUGAGCCCUUGCUGAAACACUGGGAACCUGAGAUUCCAGCCCCUCUGUCAGAGCUCACAGAGACCGUGGUCUGCGCCUUGGGGUUGGCUGUGGGCCUCGUGGGCAUUGUGGUGGGAACUGUCUUCAUUAUCCAAGGCCUGCGCUCGGGUGGUGCCUCCAGACACCAAGGGCCCUUGUGAGUCACACUUUAAAAGGAAAGGUGCAUUGCCUACCCACGGAAGAAGAAGAGCGUGGAUCCCCCUGAUGUCCUGUCACUGGUUACCAGCCCACUUCAUCAUAUCCCUCCUCUCCUCCUGCACUCUGCCUCCCUUCUUCUCUGGGCUUUAUGAAGCUGCGCCCCCUGAAAGCCCGCACACCCUUAGAAAUUCCCCACCAACCUCCUAAAUUUUUCAUCUUUUCUCAGUUGUCAUCUAUUACGGAAUCCCUGGGGUAUCCCACCCAGCUACCUAAUCUCUCAGUGACCCUGAACUAAUAUGUCCGUGGAAGCAAUAAAUCCCCUUUAUGAGGUCAUUACUAAA